AUGCCGAAGAAGGGACGCAAGGGGCGCAAGGCGGCCGUGCUGAGCGAGGAGGAGCGGUUGCUGCUGAUGCAGCAGAAGAUGCUGGCGGAGGAGGAGCUGAGCAAGAAGAAGGAGGACAUGCUCACCCAGUUCCUGAAGGACAAGCUGGCGAAGGAGGAGCACAACAGCGCCCUCAACAUGAAUAAAAUCAACCUGCAGUGGCGCACGGUGCUGCGGGAAGUCAAGGCCAGAGAACUGCGCAAGGACAUUGAGAUCCUGAGCCAGACCUUUGAGCGGGUGGUGGACUGCAAGGACAGUGUCAUCCGGUCGCUGGCCAGGGACCUGUCCGAGGCAGAGGCGCAGUACACUCAUGCCCUGUGCAGCCACCUGCACAACAUCGACCAGCUGCUGCAGCUCCAGCGGUGCCGCCUGAGGUACCUGGAUGAGGAUUACAACACCGAGCUGGAGGCCCUGAAGAAGGAGUUUGAGACAGAAAGGAUGAUGAUCAUCGAGCACCAUGACAAGGAGAGCCGCUACCUGCGGGAUGUGCUGCUGGCCCUGGAGCAGAACUUCAGUGAGAGCGAAUACGAGGCCAAGCUGGACUUCCAGAGCACCAGGGACGACGUCAAGAACAAGAACCUGGAGGAGAAGCACUAUCUGCGUGUGCAGCUGGAGGGCACAGUGGAGGAGCUGUGGAAGCGGUUCCAGCAGGCGCUGAAGAACUACACCGAGGCAACAGAGGACCGGAAGAUUGCAUUUGAGGCCCUCAAGAUGAAGGAUGAGAAGAGCUCCAAGGAGAUUGAGAUGCAGAUGAAGAAGCUGCAGAAAAUUCAGGACUCCAUUGGCAUCCUGAAAGGCAAGAUCGCGGCACACAUGCGGGAGGCCGAGGAGCAGAACCGGCGCGUGCACGAGGAGAAGGAGGUUGUGCUCAAGCAGCUGCAGAAGCUCAAGAGCCAGAUGAACCAGGCCAGGGCCAAGGCCAGGAGCAACCUGGCCAAGCUCACCCUGGAGAGCAGCACUGCCCUGAAGAAGCUAAGGGGCGUCCUAGAAAAGGCAGAGCUCACCCUGAGGCUGGCCGAGAUGUGUCGGAAGCUGGAGACCGAGGAGGAGAAGGUGCUGCCAUUCUACGCCUCCUCGCUGAGCAGGGAGGAGCAGGAGGAGCUGGAGCAAGUCUCCCUGGAGAAGCCUGGGGAGCAGCUGGCCCAGCUGAUGCAGGAUUACCUGGGCCUGGAGCACUUCUGGCAAAGGUACAACAAGGUGAAGCUGGAGCAGCUGUCUCUGGAGCGGGAGAAGGCAGUGCUGCGCCAGGAGAACCAGAAGCUGCGCCUGCUGCUCAAGCAGUACCUGGACGGGAUCUCGGUGAGCGACGAGGUGCUCAGCCGGCUCAACCCACUGCUCAUCCUCAACCACAAGCUCUGUGCGCCUGGGCCCGCCGGCAAAGCCCACCGAAAACGGCCCCUUCACAAUGUCAUCGAGGCUGCCCACGAGGUGCCACACAUCCUGUGA